UUGAUGUACGGUAGGUUGUUGCCGGAUGCAACAAGUUUGACCUUGUCCAAGCCCUAGACAAACUGUGAAUUUUGCAAUUAUGGACAAUGUCCUACUUCACGGAGAAGCCGAAGGUUACGUCAAAACCCUCGAGAAAAUGCCUUUGAAAGACAUUGGCUCUACAAGGUGGUUCCGCCAACACGAAUUUAUCGAGAAACUGAACAUGCAAGCUAUUCUAAAUGCUUCUGCCAACCAGGAGGAAUAUGUACAAGAACUUUUUGUGUCAUCUGGAAAGAUACCAGUCCUGGUACAUGAGAUGAUUCUCAUUGAAGUUUGGAAGCAGAAGAUUUUUUCCAUUCUCUGUCAGCUGCAGGAUUUCACACCAAAAACCACAUUUCCUUUGUAUAUGGUGAUUCACCAUGAAGCCACAGUUAUCAACCUUCUGGAGACCAUCAUGUUCCACCAGGACUCUUGUGAAUCAGCCGAGGAGGCCGUGUUGGACCUGGUGGAUUACUGCCACCGCAAGCUUACUCUCCUGGUGGGUAAGUGCGCUCGCGGAGACGCCCCCACUGGAGACUCCAUCACUCACCCACCUGAUGCCGAGCAGAACUCUGUGCAGGAGUUACAGAACCAAAGCGCCAGGCUGGAGUUUGAUAUUGCUCUGAAGGCAUUGUCAGUCUUACGCUACAUCACUGGACAUGUUGAGAGCUUGAGUGUCAGCGUGCUCAGUCGCCUCCUCCGCACCCACAACAUGCCCUGUGUACUGGUGCAACUGGUGGAGCACUGUCCCUGGAAACGCUACACUGGAGGGAAGGUGGAGAAAUACUCAGAGGGGGAGUGGCAUACGCUGGCGGCACGCGAGCACCAGACCAUGACCCAGCAGGACGGGCAGCUGUGGAUCGCCCUGCUCAACCUCCUGCUCAAGCCCCAGUGUCAGGGCAAGUACGACUACAACAACUUCAACAAGAACCAGCUCCUCAAGCUGCGUGGCUUUCUGACGGAAGUGCUGAUUGACCAGUUGCCCGUCUUGGGGGAGCUCCAGCGCUUUCUCAGCCAGCUGGCUCUCACUGACCCUGCACCCCCAAAGAAGGACCUCAUCCUGGAGCAGAUACCAGAGAUGUGGAGUGGCAUCAUGGAGGCUAACGAAGGCAAGUGGAAAGCCAUCGCCAAGCACCAGAUCAAAACCGCCUUCAACCCCUCAGACAGUGACCUGAGAGAACAGGCACAAAGGUUGUCCCAGACGUAUAACUUGGAUGUCCUGGAGAGCCUUAUUCAAGGGAAGCCCAAGUGUGGCCUGUGUGGUGCGGAGGCAACCAAGCGCUGCUCCCGCUGCCAGGGAGAAUGGUACUGCAACAGAGAGUGCCAGGUAAAGCACUGGCCCAAACACAAACCUGCUUGCCAACUGAUGUCGGACGCUACAGAGAAACUACAGACGGAGCUCAACAUCAGUGAAUGAGGUGGGAGAGGGGUGGUUGCCCUGCCCGAGUCUCUCGGUGGCUCCUAAGAGGAGAAGAAAAGGGAGAGAGCGAGAAAGAAGACCACUUGACUGGCAAUCAACCCUGGAGGCCUUGCAAACUUUCAACCAUGGGCCCAAGAAUGGCUCUGUAGCACUAGCUGUGCUUGUAGCAGCUGACUUGUACUGAGGACAACGGUACUACUGUCUUGCAAUGCCAAUCUGUCUUCUGUCUGUUUGAUGUGACGGUCUCUCCACACUCUUGGCAUCAGCGGGUGCUAUCAGGCGAUGUACAUGUAUGUAUAUCUUAUCUGCUCAUCUGUUCUGAUAGCUGCACUCUCAGUUCCUGUCAGACUAUUAUACAUAUCGACGUAGGAGUGGUUUGGGAAGUUUAUACUUCUCCUUUGGCACCAUAAACCCACACUGUGGUUACAGGGGUUUCAGAGGUUGAUGAAGUCCUCGGAAAAGUGAACCAUUAAACACCUCAUUAGGGCAUACUGUUUCAACCUCACGUGUCUGCAUUUUGUCAAUGGUAAGCAAUGUUGUAACAAUAAAAUUGACACCAUGAUUUC